AUGAGUAAUACGAAUUCGGCUUCUUCUUCUUCGUCUUCAGUCGACAUAAACUAUAAUAAUAAUUAUUCCUUAGCGAAUAAUUUUAAAACUGUUUGGCCUACACCAUUGAUUAUACCGCCACCAUGGGUACUUUUACGUAUAUUUCGAGAACAAUCAUGCUAUUUAAAACAAAUAUGUAAGAGUGAUAAUUUACAAGGAAAGAUUGAUACAGAGAAACAAAUAUUCCCUCAUUUCAAUGAUAUGAAGAACAAUGACAAUCAUUUCAAUGAACUCUAUAAAACAUCAUCUAUUACUGGUAGAAGAACAAAUAUUUUAACUUCAUCUCAUUUCCUUCAGAAUGCUUUACCAUAUUAUUCUACAAAUGUAACUGACACAACACAAAGCAUAGUAAACUUUACAAAAAGAAAUGAUACUGAAAAAUUCUCUAAAGAAAUGAUUAACAGUGCUAAUAAAACUGAUAGAGAACGCGGCUACACUUGUCCACAAUGCUCAAAAUGUUUUACUUCAAAUUCUGGACUGAAACAACACAUGCACAUUCAUGCAUCAUACAAACCAUUCACGUGUCAGGUUUGCCAUAAAGCAUAUACUCAAUUCAGUAAUCUAUGCAGACAUAAACGUUUGCAUAAACGCUGUAGACAAAAGCCAGACUGCUUAUCUUGUGGGCAUGAGUUCGCGAAUACCUAUUCUCUAUUGAAACAUCAAGUUUUAACUUCAUGUGGAGGUGUUGCAUUGAAUAAAAGUAACAAAAAUACAAGAAAUAUCAACAAAAAUGAAAGGAAUAACAACUAUGUCAAAGAGUUAUGCAAUUCCAACUGUAUUAAUUCACACAUAAAGUCUACUUCAUACAAUAUGAAACAUUUGACUGGAUUAAAAUGUAAUAAAAGUGCCAGAGAACAGAGAACUAAUAAGCUGACAUCAGCUAAAAUAUUCUGCCAUGAUGAUAAGUCUUCAUUUAAAGGCAGCCGGGAAAUUCAAAAUGAUAUGACAUGUUUUCAAGAUGGAAGAGGAGUUCAACAAGUUAAUCAAUAUACAGAGAACUGCAAUCACUAUCUGACAUCGUUUAUGUCUAGAGUAUCUGAGGCAUAUUCUACCAAUUCAUCAGUUAUUCAAUAUGGACUUCAGUCAAGAAUUAAUAAUCUCAAUCAGUGUGAUUCAAAUACACAGAACGCCACAUACAAAGAUGGCAGGCAAACAACAGAAACUUCUUCGAAGAAACAAGAUAACAUUUUGGAUACCAGCAAGAUUUCGAAAGAUGAAAACUCUUUGCAUCCUUUAGACUUAUCAGACUCAAGUAUAUCAAAGAAAAUGGACGGAGAAAAUGAAUCCCAUAUUGUCCCCGAUAAAAUGCAAAGAAUUGAAGAAAAGUCUGACUUCAUUGAUACAUUGAAUGCCUCAUUUAAAAGUACAAAUAAACAAAUAAUUAAAUCAAAUCUGAAAUAUAACCAAUUUACAUCUUUGGAAGAUAAUUCUUAUGAUAAGAAAAUUCACUAUUUACAUGAAAUUGUCAAUCUUGCAAUGUGUACAGCUAAAAAAUAUUGGACAGAAUCUACAAAACCUAUUGAUGAACAAGCAGAAACCAGAAAAGUCAGUGAAGUAAUUGAACCUAGGAAUAUGGAACACAUUUCCAGCGGAUAUUUAAAUGAAUCCAGUUCAUCUUCAUCGUAUGAUUUAGAAAAGUUAUCUGUUACACAGACUAAUCAUAAUGCUAAUAAUAAUAAUAAUCUAAUAUAUGAAAAUCAUUAUAUAUGCAGUGUAUGCUAUAAACAAUUUCCACGUGCAGCUAAUUUAAAUCGACAUAUACGUACGCAUACUGGAGAACAACCGUAUCAAUGUCCACAUUGUGAUCGACUAUUUAGUAUAUCUUCAAAUAUGCAAAGACAUGUUAGAAAUAUACAUAGUAGAAAUAAUUUAUCUUUCAAAGACUAUAAACAAUUUAAUUAAAAA